AUGCUCCACCCUUUCAUCAUUCAGACAGAUCAAUAUAGUUUAAAAUUUCUGCUCGAUCAAAAGGAGAUUCACUCAGAAUAUCACAAAUGGGUCAUUAAACUAAUGGGAUUUAAUUUUCAGAUACAAUAUAAGGAAGGCAAGAAGAAUACAACUGUGGAUGCACUAUCUAGAGCAGCACAAUUGCGUGAGGCAGUGGUGGCAAUCAUGUGCAUUGCACAAGGAAUAGAUGUAACCAAAAUCAACAAAGAAGUGGAAGAUGACGAGCGACUAUCCAAAAUCAAAAUUGCACUCAUAGAAGGCUCAACUUCUUUUCCACAUUACUCAAUUCAACAAGGAUCACUUCUCUACAAAACCAAGCUCGUGUUACCCCUUACAUCUAUUCUUCUCUCCACGUUACUACGUGAAUUUCAUGACAUCCCAUUGGGGGCUCAUGCUGGAUUUUUAAAAACCUACCAACAAAUUGCUCAACACAUUUAUUGGCCUGCCAUGAAGAAAAGAAUAAAACAGCAUAUUAAUGAAUGCACUCUCUGUCAAUUGAAUAAGGUUUUGACCUUGUCACCAAUAGGACUUUUGCAGCCCCUGCCUAUUCUGAAUAUGACGUGGGAAGACCUCUCCAUGGAUUUUAUAGGUCUCCCUAAAUCUAAAUGUUGUGACUCCAUUCUAGUCAUAGUAGACAGAAUCAACAAAUUUGGUCACUUUAUACCCCUCAGACAUCUAUUCACAGCUAAAGACAUUGCCCAAAUCUUUGCAAAGGAAAGCAUCAAGCUGCAUGGCAUUCCAAGAUCUAUUGUGACUGAUAGAGGGACUGUAUUUACCAGCACUUUUUGGAAAGCACUCAACAAACUUCAAGGCAUAGAAUUGAAAAUGAGUUCUUUCUAUCACCCACAAACAGAUGAGCAAACGGAGGUGGUGAACCGAAGCUUAGAGAAUUAUCUUUGAUGCUUUACUUAUGAUAAACCUAAGUUAAGGAGUGACUGGUUACAUUGGGAUGAACUUAAUUGCAACACUUCUCAUCAUUCUGCCAUCAAGAUGACUCCUUUUAAAGUAGUUCAUGGAUGGGACCCUCCCACACUUACAUGUUAUGGAUCUCCUAUGUCACCAAUUAUUGCAGUCAACACUUAUCUAAAAGAAAGGAAUGAUACACUUCAACUUCUCAAGGAACAUCUCUUGGCCGCACAGUCCAAGAUGAAAGCACAAGUUGACAAACAUCAACGAGACAGAGUUAAGUGGGUGAUUUGAUUUAUAUCAGGCUCCGACCUUAUCAUAUGAAAUCAUUAGCCAAGAAAGCUAAGAAAAAACUAAGUCCGAGAAUUUUUGGCCCUUACCCUAUCCAGGAGCGCAUUGGCCAGGUGGCAUACAAAUUGGAACUUCCCAGCUCCAUAACUAUUUACCCAAUUUUUCAUAUUUCUCAACUUUGCAAAGCACUAGGGAAUUCUGCUUACUAUCAACCCAUUCCAAGCAUACUGACUGAUGCUUUGGAAUGGAAUGUGACCCCCCAAGAUAUCCUCGCCAUUCGGAAUUCCUCUUUUGACACAGAAGUCUUAGUCAAAUGA